CGUUUUUCUUUUUUUUCCAAAAGCUUUUUGUCUCCCCCCCCCCCCCCCCCCCCUUCUUGUUUUUGCAUAUUGUAGCUCUACUUAAAACCUCAUUAAGAUCCAAAUGUGCAACAUGCUAAUGUAACCCAGGUUAACUGGAUGCUCAAAAGUAAAAGCCUGUUAAUAAAAACAGCAAUAAAUACUUUGUAUAAAGAAACAAUAUGAGACAAUGUGGUUAUAUAAUCUGUAAAUAUGUGUAGAAUAAUCUAUGUUGUUUAAAACCUGUUAAAAUGUGAAAAUAAUGUAAAUUCAUUGGUUAUUGUAAUUUACGUAUGAAUUACGAAAAUGUGACUUUAUUUUGAAAGGGUACGUUGCUACGUAACCUAUGUGACUAGCUACAUUUCCUGUGUAGAGGAGGGAGAACAUUACGCAGUCAGCACAUAGUGCGCAGCAGAAUGAGAAGAGCAGGAAACUUUCCAGAAAAAUAUGAAAACGUGUCUAAAUACUAUUUUUGUUGUCUGAAGAAAGUGCAAAGAAGGUAUUUUUGAUUUUCCACCGUGUUCCUGUUUUGGAGAUGUUUUAUUUUCUCGAACGGGACUUGGCCAAUUAGAUUGGGUUGAAGAACUAUCGAGAUAGAUCGACAUAAGAGAACAUGUGCAGGAGCACAUGUGCUUGAGAUAAAGAUGGCGAGCCACCCACGGAACCUGUGAACUGCGCAUGCGCUAGGACCAGUUCAGGCGCAACAAGCCCUCUGCUGACCGGUGCAUGGUACUACAACUGGUAGGAUUAUCCAUUGUUUCUGCAAAACUGCAGUGGACCAAGGAUAACCGCUGGAUUGUCCAAGACAAUCAAAGUACUAACAAAUAGAAAAGAAAGAAAAAGACUUAAUUUGGUUAUUCAGUCUUUUGCUGAAUUAUUUUGAAUUUGGUACAUUGUUCUAUUCUUUUGGUAUUUUCCUUAAUUAUUGUGAAAGGGUUAUUUGUGCACUAAGUGAUUUGUAUGUUUGUAAACAAACUAACAAAUGUAAAAUUCCAAAAACUAACUUGAAGGGAACCAGAAUAGAACUAAACUUGGUUUACUUUCAACCAAGUAGUUAAUUAGAAAUUGAUCAAGAACUAACACGAACUAAACAAAAGGUUGCAACCGAGUACUAAACCAACAACGGAACUAAACAUUAGCCAUAAUACCAAAUAUAGUGUUAACAUAGUGCUAAACUUAAUUCUUUAAACCAAAAUAAGGUUUAAACAGAAAAGAGGUAGAAAGGUUUAACUCAACUGGAAGUGUGUGUAUUAUAUGUUUGUAUGUGUAAAUGUUUUUUGUCCAUAUUUGUACUUUUUCAAUAAUAAGCUUAUAAUAAGCAGUUCAAGUUAUUCUUGGUCUGUGUUUUUUUUUUUUUUUGUCUGCUAAGCCAAAAAAAUUACUCCAGCAGCCGAACCUGUACUGGUCCAUCAUAUCCCCUUGUCCCCUUAUCCCUUACCCUGUAAACACCCCAUGGGAGUGUUACAGAAUUGGCGAGCCAGCCAGGAGUUAUUUUAAGGCUUUUUAGGUGUUGUACCCUCAACAUUAAAGCUUACUUUUGACCCAGACCUUCAAAAAUAGACCAAGUCCGGCAAAAAUAUGGACAUAGUUGACAAAGAAAACAUCAAAAUUCCCAACUCAGUUGUUAUUAGUGGGUUCACAGAUACCAGCUUGGAUGAUGAUUUAACAGACUUUCUGAACAGGUAUGGGCACAUCUCUAGGUUCAUAAGGAUUGACGAUUCGAAGUCUCCCUACCACAACAAUGCUAUUGAGUAUGAGAGUGGAGCUGCCUUCAUAGCCCUUGAACCCCUACUGCCCCAUACCAUUCAAAGUCAAAAUGAAACUUUCAACAUCAGAGCCUUGUCAAAUGAAUACAUGGAAACUGUUACGAACAGCGCCACCUCCAGUUUCUUCAAGGAACUGCAACAAAUAGCCAAGCUAACUGGCCGGUGUUUUGAAGCAGUUCUACAAGAACAUCUUUUAAGAUGCAGUCAGUCAAUUUCAAGUGACACCGAACCAGCCGAAAUUGGGUCCUCCAUCCAAAGCCACGAUUCUCCCUCAGUCACCAGUAAAAUCCAUGUUCAAAGUGAAUCUGAGGAAGUGACUAAAACCAAUUUGAGUGCCCAUCGAGUUGAACCUGUCCAGCCAACACAACAAGCUCAAGCAUCCGAUAUUCCGCAAAGCUUUAUCCGAUAUUCCUCUCACCCAGAGGUGCAAAAGGUUGUUGUUGAGCAUAUAGUUCGAAGUGAAACUGCUGUUUCUCAAAAGGAGUCACACUCAUUUCGCCUAAGACAAUUCUCUGGAAACUACCUUGCCCCAGUCACGAGGUUGACUUCGACACAUGGCGGACUAGUGUUGAGUUGGUACUCCAAGACCCAGAUUUGUCUGCUUUACAGCGUUCCCACAAGAUUUCUGACAGUCUAGUGCCACCUGCAGCAAGUGUAGUCAAAACCUUAGGCCCCAAAGCCUUGCCUUCCGCUUACAUUGAGCUGCUCAAUUCAGCAUUUGGCACAGUAGAAGACGGCGAGGAGCUUUUUGCAAAGUUCCUCAACACACUCCAGGAUGCCGGCGAAAAGCCAUCACAUUAUUUGCAUCGGCUACAAACAGCUCUUGCUAAAGCUCAGAAAAGAGGCGGUGUUUCAGCCAGUGACGCUGACAGACACCUAUUACGUCAGUUUUGUCGCGGAUGUUGGUAAAAUGCCCUUGUAGCAGACCUUCAGCUAGAAAGGAGGAAAGACAAUCCACCCUCAUUCUCAGAACUACUGUUACAGCUGAGAAUGGAAGAAGACAAGCUCACAGCUAAAGAAAGCAGAAUGAAGAAACACUUUGUUACAACUUGAUCAAAAGUAACUGACCAUGCUAUGGCUGCUCACAGUGAGCUUCCUGACUCUGCGCUGCAGUGCGACCUUACUGAGAUGCGAGCUCAAAUGACUGAGUUGCAAAACCAGCUGUCAAAGGUGAAAGCCCAAAAGGCAGACCAACCAGUCACUCCUCCGAACAACAUAGUCAAAGAGCUAAAAGCACAAAUCGCAGAACUCCAGAGCCAUCUAGCUAGACUCAAAUCUUCAAAUGCUUAUAAAACAGAAGUCGACACCAGAGUCAACAAGACGAAGACAAAGACUAAACUUAAAAUGCUCGACAAAACACUGACAACCCCAUUUGCAAAAAACAGACCAAGGCCCAGGUACUGCUUUCAAUGCGGCAAAGACGGUCACAUUGUGUCCACCUGCUCCAAUGAGGCAAACCUAUCCCUUGUCGCUGAAAAGAAGCAACAAUUAAGAGACAAACAGUCACAAUGGGACAAACAGCACAACCAAAACCAGCCUUUAAACUGAAAUCAGCCCUCAUUGUGGAACAAAUGAGUGCUUCUAAUGAAACUAGUCCCAAUUCAAAGGAUUCACACAAACACAAGAGACAUUUCUUGUACAACAAAUCAGCCACUGCAAACCUGCCCAAUGGUUUAAUUGGAGCCAAAUACACUGCUCACGUCCAAAUCAAUGGUCAAAAUUGCAGCUGUCUUCUUGACACUGGGUCUCAAGUGACCACCGUGUCACAAUGCUUUUAUAAAGCCCAUCUUUCUGACCUUGUUAUCCAUCCAAUAAAUGACCUACUUGAAAUAGGGGCUGCAAACGGUCAAGAUGUCCCUUAUUCAGGUUAUAUUGGAGUCGAAAUUGCCUUUCCAAAGAACUGUUUUGGCUCUGAAAUCAAGGUGUCCACAUUUGCGUUGGUUGUCCCAGACACAAGCUCUAACAUUCAGACCUCUCUUUUAACACUCUUGAUGUCUUUUACCAGAGUUUCUCUCAAACCAAUAUCCAUCCCCAAACUCUACCAUAUGGUUACAGAGUUGUGCUCAGCAUAUUACAGCAGAGACACAAACAGAAAGACAACAGUUUUCUUGGUCUAGUCAAGUUGCCAGGGAAAGAGUCAGAAGUGAUACCAGCAGGUCAAAGUCGAGUGUUGGAGGGGAUAGUCCAAGUACACACCAAAACAUCAGAUAGGUGGGUUGUUGUUGAAACACCCUCCACAUCCUUUUUGCCGGGAGGUGUCCUAGUUACACACUGUUUACUUACCAUUCCUGACAAACCAUCACAGAAGCUUCCUGUUGUGCUGCGAAAUGAAAGCCAACAUGACAUAGUUGUCCCUGCGAAAAGUGUCAUUGCUGAAAUUCAUGCAAUCCAGGAAGUUGUGUCAUCCUACCUGAUCCAAACACGUUCGGAGUCUAAGUCAAGUGGACGUGUCCUGUUGGACCUAGACUUUGCUGACGCUCCAGUCCCAACUGAAUGGAAAGACAGAAUCACCCAAAAGCUCAGUGCAAUGCCAGAGGUAUUCGCACAGCAUGACACAGACUUUGGUUGCACAAACAAAGUAAAGCACCAAAUAAAACUGAGCGAUGAACAGACCUUCAAACAUCGACCCCGUCCAAUAAGACCACAAGAUCUUGACGCAGUCCGAAGGCACUUACAGGAGCUGAGUGAGGCAGGUAUAAUCCGCGAGUCCGAGUCUCCCUUUUAAUCCCCCAUAGUGGUAGUGAGAAAGAAAAAUGGUGAUGUCAGACUCUGCGUGGAUUAUCGCAAGUUAAACCUUAACACUAUCAAGGACGCCUAUGCCCUCCCUAACUUAGAGGAGGCAUUUUCGGCCCUCACAGGAUCGAAGUGGUUUUCUUUCCUUGACCUCAAAAGCGGCUAUUACCAAAUCAAAGUUGACGAGAAGGACAAGCAUAAGACCGCCUUUGUAUGUCCCAUGGGGUUUUGGGAGUUCAAUCGUAUGCCCCAGGGCAUAACCAAUGCUCCCAGCACGUUUCAAAGGCUGAUGGAGAAGUGUAUGGGAGACAUCAACCUCAAGGAAGUCUUAGUCUUUCUAGAUGACCUUAUAGUGUUUUCGGAAACCCUUGAACAACAUGAAGCACGCCUUCUCCAUGUGCUGAGUCGUCUCAAAGAGUAUGGUUUGAAGUUGUCCCUCGAAAAAUGCAGAUUUUUCCAGACAUCCGUCAGAUACUUGGGGCACAUAGUAUCUCAGCAGGGAGUCAAGACAGACCCUGAAAAAAUUGCAGCACUCAAAACAUGGCCAAGUCCCAGAAAUCUGAAAGAGCUGCGCCAGUUUUUAGGUUUCGCUGGAUAUUACAGGCGAUUUAACAAAGACUUUUCUAAAAUUGUGAAGCCCUUAACAAACCUUACUGGUGGAUACCCACCACUGAGGAAGACCUACAGCUCCAAAACAAUGUCCUAUAUUUUGAGCCAAAAGCUCCUUUCGGUGACAGAUGGUCUGAAGGUUGUCAACAAGCAUUUGAAACAAUAAUAGACAAACUUACAACAGCUCCGGUGUUAGGCUUUUCCAAUCCUAAGCUUCCUUAUGUGCUACAUACGGACGCAAGUACGACAGGGCUAGGGGCAGCCCUAUAUCAAAAGCAGGAGGGAGAGAUGCGUGUGAUAGCAUACGCUAGCAGAGGUUUGUCCAAAAGUGAAGUUCGUUACCCUACGCACAAACUUGAGUUUUUAGCACUCAAGUGGGCCGGAACAGAAAAGUUUUGUGAUUAUCUAUAUGGGAGUCCUUUCACAGUAAUAACAGACAGUAAUCCUCUAACCUACAUUUUGACCACAGCUAUGUUGGAUGCAACAAGCUAACGUUGGUUGUCAGCCCUUUCGUCCUUCGAGUUCCAGCUCCAGUAUAGGGCAGAUAAGCAAAAUGUUGAUGCCGACGGCUUGUCUCGUCGUCCCCAUCCUGAACCAGUAAAUGAUCAUGUCUCUUUGAAAGAACAAGAGAGAAUCCGUCAGUUUGUAAAACAUCACUUACCUGGCAUGGAUCCUUUUGUUCGGGUCUCUCAAAAUGCUGUCAGUGCAAUCUGUGAAAAACAUCUAGUACUCCAGUCCCAUGACCCAGACAACAAUGCUGUCACUUGCCCUCUAGUAACAUCUUUGUCAGUGUCUAUCCAAGCUAUCCCAGACCGUUUUGAUCAGUGCAAUGGCUGUCCAGUCAUUACAAGUGUUUCUGAGGAAGAACUAAUACAAAGUCAAAGAAGCGACACAGCCAUAAAUUAAAUUAUACACCAACACCGUCAGUGCGCAAAGAAAUCCCUCAACUUGCUAUCCUCCUGCGGGAACUCAACAAGCUUGAGUUGCAAAAUGGCAUCCUUUACAGGAAAAGGCAAGUCGGUGAAGAAGUCCAGUACCAACUUGUUCUUCCUGAAAACCUGAGAGAGAUGGUCUUGAAAAAUCUUCACGAUGACAUGGGUCAUCUCGGAGUGGACCGCACCCUUAACCUUGUACGAACCAGAUUUUUCUGGUGAAAAUGGCCUUGGAUGUGGAACAAAAAAUCAAAACCUGGCACAGAUGUGUUUGCAGGAAAACACUGCCAGAAAAGGCAGCGCCCCUGGUAAACAUUCAAGUCACCAGACCUCUUGAAUUGCUCUGCAUUGACUAUUGAACCAGACCGUAGUAACACCAAAGAUGUCCUGGUCAUGACAGACUUCUUUACAAAAUAUGCAGUCGCAACUCCGACCCCCAACCAAAAGGCUAAAACUGUAGCCAAGGCCUUGUGGGAAAACUUCAUCAUUCACUAUGGUUUCCCAGAAAAGAUUCAUAGUGAUCAAGGUGCAGACUUUGAAUCAAAAACUAUCAAGGAGCUUUGCGACCUUGCUGGAAUUCAGAAGGUCAGAAAAACACCCUAUCAUCCCAGGGGAAACCCUGUGGAGAGAUUUAAUGAGACACUUUUAAACAUGCUUGGUACACUCAAGGAGGAAGACAAAAGCCAUUGGCGUGAUCAUGUUAAGCCGCUUGUGCAUGCAUAUAACUUCACCAAACAUGAAAGCACAGGGUAUAUGCCAUAUGAGCUAAUGUUUGGUGGGCAGCCCAGGCUACCUAUUGACCUUGCUUUUAAUGUUCCCUUGAACCAACGUCAGCAACAAUCUCACUCUCAGUAUGUCAAAGCCCUCAAAUCUCACCUUCAAGAGAGCUAUAAAUUGGCUACCGAAAGUGCUGCCAAAGUUGCUGAAAGAAACAAAGUCCGAUAUGAUCAGCAUGUUACUGAAUCUGUUCUCGAUAUUGGUGAUCGUGUACUUGUAUGAAAUGUCCGGCUCAGAGGAAAAAAUAAGUUGGCUGACAAGUGGGAAACACAGGUUUAUGUUGUGGUAAGUCAAAAGGGCAACUUACCUGUCUACACAGUCAAGCCUGAGCAUCAAGAUCAUCCCACUAGAACUCUUCACAGAGACCUUUUGUUACCUUGUGGGUUCCUGCCAGCUAUACCAAAAGCCCCUCCCACAGCCAAAGGAAACUCUCGCAGACCCAGUACACGUCAACAUCCUACAACGGAUUCUGAACCAGAGUUUCAGUAUAACUCUGAAGAAGAGGAUAACUACCCACUAUGUUACCUUCCAGGUCCUCCAAAGGAAAUCUUCAGGACAGUUGAGGAAUACAGAGUAGCCCUUCCUCCCAAAACUUGCCAAAGUCCGGCUGUUGAGCAAUCCAACUCCGAUAUCUCGGUCCCAGAAAUUGUAACAAUUCCUGAAAAUGCUCCAGAGGACAUUGAAAACUAAGGAAAUUAUGACAAAACACCUGAUUGUGGAAACUUACCAGAUUGUGGAGAACUUCAAACGGAAAAUGGAAAUGAACCUGAAAAAGAUAACUCAUUUGUUCCUGAAAAGGAAGGAGGAAUUCAGACAAACACGGAGAUGACAAAUGAUGAACCACAUGCAAACGAGACAACUGAAACUGUAAUAAUUGAAGACGACACAGAAACAAAUGAUCCUGACGUAGGACAAAAUCUUCCAGAGUGAGGAAGACACUCAAGCAGUUAACCUACCCUCAGUUAGGUAAUCCUCUCAUUACCAUAGUUAAGUCCCUCUUCCAAAGUUUAAGUCAAGUUGUUACAAGUUCUAUCGAAAUACAUGGCCUGAACAGAACAAGAAUUUCAUUGCAUAGUAUAACUGCUGUUUUACUGUGCAUAUGACAAUAAAACUCUUGAAUCUUGAAAGUAGUUUAAACUGUACUUUAUGCAAAGGGACUUGCAUAGAUUUAACUUGCAUAGAUUUAGAUUGGGUGUAACCUAGGUUAACUGGAUGCUGAAAAGUAAAAGCCUGUUAAUAAAAACAGCAAAUACUUUGUAUAAAGAAACAAUAUGAGACAAUGUGGUUAUAUAAUCUGUAAAUAUGUGUAUACUCUAUGUUGUUUAAAACCUGUUAAAAUGUGAAAAGAAUGUAAAUUAAUUGGUUAUUGUAAUUUACGUUUGAAUUACGGAAAUGUGACUUUAUUUUGAACGGGUACGUUGCUACGUAACCCAUGUGACUAGCUCCAUUUCCUGUACAGAGGAGGGAGAGCAUUACACAGUCAGCACAUAGUGCGCAGCAGAAGGAGAAGAGCAGGAAACUUUCCGGAAAAAUGUGAAAACGUGUCUAAAUACUAUUUUUGUUGUCUGAAGAAAGUGUAAAGAAGGUAUUUUUGAUUUUCCACCGUGUUCCUGUUUUGGAGAUGUUUUAUUUUCUCGAACGGGACUUGGCCAAUUAGAUUGGGUUGAAGAACUAUCGAGAUAGAUCGACAUAAGAGAACAUGUGCAGGAGCACAUGUGCUUGAGAUAAAGAUGGCGAGCCACCCACGGAACCUGUGAACUGCGCAUGCGCCAGGACCAGUUCAGGAGCAACAAGCCCUCUGCUGACCGGUGCAUGGUACUACAACUGGAUUUGCAGACGGUGUGGACUUUUGGACGGUCAUGUGACCUGAGAAAGACAAACAGAAUGAAAUGGUUGCAGCUUUUCGGACGGCUGAAAGGCGUCGUCAUAGGGAUGAUUCACGUCCAAGCUUUGCCAGGAAGUCCACUGGGACGCAUGAAGAUGUCCCACAUCAUUGAAGAAGCUUGCAAGGAGGCGAGCAUCUACCGUGAUGCAGGACUUGAUGCAGCCAUCAUCGAGAACAUGCACGACCUGCCCUACUCCUUGUCUCCCGGCCCGGAGGUGUGCGCCUGCAUGACAUCGGUGUGCGGGGCCGUGAGGAACAUCUGUCCAGACAUUCCUCUCGGGGUGCAGCUCUUAUCUUCUGCCAACUCGCAGGCGCUGGCGGUGGCUCUGGCUUCAGGUUUGGACUUCAUCCGGGCCGAGGGCUUCAUCUUCUCUCAUGUGGCAGACGAGGGCCUCGUCCACGCUUGCGCGGGAGAUCUUCUGCGGUACCGCAAGUCGAUUGGAGCAGAACACGUGCACAUCUUCACUGAUAUCAAGAAGAAACACAGUUCUCAUGCGCUGACGUCAGACGUGAGCAUCGAGGAGACGGCUCAGGCGGCAGAGUUCUUCCUCUCAGACGGCCUCAUCAUCACCGGGUCAUCCACAGGACAGGAGGCGAACCUCCGGGAGCUCCGAGACGUGUCACGCUGUGUGAGACUUCCGGUGCUGGUGGGUUCUGGCGUAACGUACGACAACUUGGAGCGCUACCUCGGCGCCAACGGGCUCAUCGUGGGCUCUCACUUCAAAGAUGGCGGCGUGUGGAGCGGCAGCGUGGACAGGGAGCGUGUGGUGAGAUUCAUGACUAAGAUGCGUCACCUGCGAGGAGGCGGAGCCCAUAAAGACGCUUCGGCGCCAUCUUAAGAAAGAUUUAUUUUUACAUUUUUUUUGUACAUUUUAUAAAUAGACCCAAAUAAAAAAAGCGCAGUAUUUACACAUCUAACAGGAAAUCAAGUGAAAAUGUCACACUAGAACAUGUUUUUUUCUUGCUUUUUGGACUGUACAAUGUUUGAUGAAGGCACACCCGUGUGGCAUCAUCAUCACUUCCUCUUCCACUUUGCAGAGGUGUCAAUAGUUGUACAGACGCUGGCUGGGCUGCUUGAAGUGUCCGUAGCGCCUCUCUGACGCCAAGAAGCGCGUCUUGACCAGGUUCUGCCUGGCGAGGGCGCUGCGGCUCAGCCUCUUGCGCUCGGCUGCACCCCAGGCCCGCUGGGGCGCCAUCAGCCGCACGUCCACAGGCAGCAGGAUGCCCCACGCCGCCAGACGCCAUGAGAUGUGCCGCCUCACCGCCGCGGACCUGGGAGGGAAGACGGGAGGGUCACAGUCACAUGUCAUGCAGACACCAAAUAGGUACGUUUACACAGGUGAUAUCGUGUCUUCAUGGAUCGGAAGGAGCGUGGACUCGCCUUGGAGAGUUAUCAUCAUCCGAACCAUCCUCCUCCUCCUUAGUUCCACUCAUCCUGCGUCUCAUCUGAUAGACGGACAUGCUGGGGUGCUCGAUCAGCAGGUUCUCCAAGGAGUCCGCCUCGGGUGCCAACAGCGGUCCAUUGUCUGUCACAGGAACAUCCUGCCAGUGGUUGUGUGUGUGUGUGUGUGUGUCUGUCAGUCACAUUGCGGUCUAACCUGGCAGAUUAACAACGACCCAUCCGCCCUCCUCAGACUCCAGUAGCUCCUCCAGAGUGUCGCCGCUCGUCUCAUAGUCGCCGCCGCUGCCGCCGAGCAGUUGGGAGAGGAUCUUGCCAAUCAUCGUCACGGCAACCUAUGAGCAAGACAACCUAAGGAACGUUGCAAUAAAACUAAAUUCAUUGGCCAUCGCAAAGGAAAGGAAUUGUCGCCCUUUUGUGGCCACACGAGGGAAGCGCUGCCUGCUUGGAGCUCCCAGCUGCCUUUCACGCUGCUUUAAAAACAGCACGUAUGGCUGAUGAUGCACAGAUGUUACAUAAUCCUGUAACAACUAGCUGGGAUAGGGGGGCGCUUCUGCACCCGCAACCCAACCCCUCAAAACAACAUUCUAAGGCAAAUAUAUUUGCAAAUUGUUGGGAUUUGAUCGUCAACAACCGAGCUCGAUGAUGACGUCACACAGGUCGGACGUACGGGAGUGCAUUUCAUAUUCAUAACAUUUCGUCAAUCGAGGAAAAGGCUUCUUGAGACGUCAUGACGUCUCAAGAAGCCUUUUCCUCGAUGGACAACAACUGUACGACUGA